AACUUCCGAACGCGAUUCCAACAAGCAUCAUCACCGAAGAAUCUCCUUUCACCCCUAUACCAACAACACGGUUCAGGAUGUUCUCUAGAUCUGUUGCUAAGCAGGCUCGUGGGUUUGCUACGUCCUCUGUUAAGAGGGGGUAUGAGGAUACGCUCAAGAACUUGAAGAUCAACGCCGAGACCAAGGUCAUCUUCCAGGGUUUCACCGGAAAGCAGGGAACCUUCCACGCCCAACAAGCCAUCAACUACGGCACCAAAGUCGUCGGCGGCGUCAACGCCAAAAAGGCCGGCACAGAACACCUCGGCCUCCCAGUCUUCUCCUCCGUCCGCGAAGCCCGCGACCAGACCAACGCCGACGCAUCCGCCGUCUUCGUCCCCCCUCCCUUCGCAGCCGAAGCAAUCACCCAAGCAAUCGAAGCCGAGAUCCCCCUCGUCGUAGCCAUCACGGAAGGAAUCCCUCAACACGACAUGGUCCGCGUCGCCCAAAUCCUCAAAACCCAAUCCAAGACGCGUCUCGUCGGUCCCAACUGUCCGGGGAUUAUUGCGCCGGGGCAGUGUAAGAUUGGGAUCAUGCCCUCGCAUAUUCAUCAACGUGGACGUGUGGGUAUUAUUUCGCGUUCGGGGACGUUGACGUAUGAAGCCGUUAACCAAACCACCAACGUCGGACUCGGACAAUCCCUCGUGAUCGGGAUGGGCGGGGAUCCCUUCCCCGGAACCAACUUUAUCGACGGACUUAAAGUCUUUCUCGAGGAUCCUGAGACGGAGGGUAUCAUCCUCAUCGGUGAGAUCGGUGGAUCGGCUGAGGAGGACGCGGCGGAGUAUCUGAAGCAGUUCAACCUCUCCCGUGAAUCGCCCAAGCCUGUCGUUUCCUUCAUUGCGGGAGUCACUGCACCCCCCGGAAGGCGUAUGGGACAUGCCGGAGCUAUUGUUGCUGGUGGAAAGGGAACUGCGAAGGCGAAGAUCGAGGCGUUGGAGGCCGCUGGAGUUGUUGUCGAGAGGAGUCCGGCGAGGUUGGGACAGUCGUUGUAUGACCAGUUCGUUAAGAGGGAUCUUCUUUGA